UAUAAUGCGUAAAAUCGCCUUCUUGCCUCCACCUAACCCAAUAGUCCGUCUUGCAGGUGAUGAGUCUGUUCCGCAACUAGGCGAUUAUGUUCUCGUUAUGCUUGGAAGGCUAUUUCAAGAUAGAUAUUUGUGUAAUGAAUGUAAAAGAAGUUUAAUAGGAGAGAAAUAUCAUGAAGAAUUCUCUUCUGAAUUCUGGAAAGAUCAAGAAUCUGGUACUUCUGAUCCUAAAGGGGUUAUACCAGAAGUAUCAAAUCCUGUGACUGAAAUUUUAGCCGGAGGCUUAUGCAUAGGAAGAAAG